AUGACAACGCGUUAUAGAGUAGAAUACGCCCUCAAGAUUGAGUGGAUCAAAGGUCUACUGGCCGUGCCCUUCGUCCUGCAUUCCCAGCCCACCGCAAUCUACAAGGAAAAUGGGGAGGUGCUGAAGACAGUCGCGGCCGACACCCAGGUUCGCUAUGCAGAGAUUAUGCGUGAUGUAGAGAAUUUGAUGCUCGAUCACAUCCAACACCACGAACGCAAUGCCCCCGGAAAAUCGAAAUUGAACCUUCUUGUGCCGUCCGUCGGCACUUUUUUCACCAAGCUCUAUUUGGAAGAUGCAUUCAAGUAUCAAGACCAGCAUCGAUUCAUCAGCCGACGACGCUUCGUGGCCCCUUCAUUCAACGAUAUCCGACUUAUCUUGAAUUCCGCCCAGCUGAUAGGUCUUGUCCGCUCCAGCGAUGUGAAACUAGUCACAUUCGAUGGAGACGUAACACUCUAUGACGACGGCGCCUGCCUCACACCCGACAACCCCGUCAUCCCGCGGAUUCUGCGACUCCUCGAACAGGAUCGCAAGGUCGGCAUUGUAACAGCGGCCGGGUACACCGACGCGCAAAAGUAUCAUGAGCGCCUCCACGGUCUGCUCGAUGCGAUGCACGAUUCAACUACUCUCGCCGCUGAUCAGAAACGAGGACUGGUUGUCAUGGGCGGCGAGAGCAAUUUCUUGUUCCGCUUCGACCCGACCUCGGACGCCCGACUCGCCUACGUGCCGCGGAGUGAAUGGUUGCUAGAUGACAUGCAUUCCUGGAGUGAGGAUGAUAUUACCCAGCUUCUUGAUAUUGCCGAGUCAGCUCUGCGUGCGUGUGCUGAAAAUCUCAAUCUGCCUGCUGCUAUUCUGCGCAAGGAUCGUGCGGUUGGUGUGUACCCAGUAAACGGUGUGCGAAUCAGUCGGGAGCAGUUGGAAGAAACUGUUUUGGUGGUGCAGAACACGGUCCAACGUUCGGCAGUUGGGGCAAGAUUGCCAUUCUGUGCUUUCAAUGGUGGGAACGAUGUCUUUGUGGAUAUUGGCGACAAAUCGUGGGGUGUGCGCGCCUGUCAGCGCUACUUUGGUGGCAUCGAUCCAGCCAAAACAUUGCAUGUUGGCGACCAGUUUCUGUCGGCUGGUGCCAAUGACUUUAAGGCCCGUCUUGCAUCCACAACUGCCUGGAUUGCAAGCCCCGCUGAGACAGUGGAGCUACUCGAUGAGCUGGAGCAGACGGUUAACCCGUAG